CACUAAUUGCAGGAGCUGUGUGCUGGCUGUCGGGGCAGCAUCUAUGUCGGGCGCCCGCGAACUCGGACUCUGGCAGCUGGGGACCUCUGAUAUCGCUGCAAUCCACUCGUCCAUUGAUCCAUGGGGCAUCGGUCGACCCUGAUUGCACUGUGGCUGUGGCUGGCCUGCGUCGUCACGGCGGCGGGGGCCGGCCCGCCGCCGCAGUGCGACGCCGAGCAGCCGCUGAUCAACGUCACCUUUCUGGGCCCGGCGCAGGCGGUGGAUGCAGGCGGCAUCAGCUUCUCCUACCAUCGGUUUGGCAAUGCCAGCGCUGGCCGGCCACCGCUGAUAUUGAUCCACGGCCUGGGGGGCACGCAGUUUGACUGGCCGCUGACGGUGCUGCAAUACCUUUCUGGCAGCAGGGAGGUCAUCAUUUUCGACAACCAGCGGGCGGGCCUGUCGAACGACAGCUCCAACGCUACCCUUACCAUCGCCGGGAUGGCGGCCUCCACAGCUGCGCUGAUACGGGCGCUGGAGCUGCUGCGCAAGCCAGAUGUGCUCGGGUUCAGCAUGGGAGGCAUGAUUGCGCAGGCGCUGGCCGGCAAUCAUAGCGACGCGGUUGGGGCGGUGGUGUCGGUGAGCGGGUCGUCAGGCGGAGCCAACGCGCCUCAGCCGGCUGCAGGGCUGGAGGGCGUGCUCAGCGCCAUUGUGGAGGCGGGCCCCUCCAGCAUCGACCUCGUGUUCCCUCUGGGUGCCAACGACACAGGCUUCUGCAACCUGCUGCAAACGGUGGACUCUGUGCAGUUCGCGGCGACCCCGGGGCUGAACAAUGACAGCGAGGCGGGGUAUGCGCUGCGCCUCGGCAUCAUUCCAGGCGCCGGCGCCUUGGUGGUGCCCCCCGAGGUCAAGCAGCAGCAGAUGGAUGCCAUCCUUGCUUUCUACACAGGCCCAGGCCUGCUGGGCAGCCUGCGCUCCAGCACCAGCCAGCUGCUGCUGCUGGGCGGCGCGCAGGAUGCCGUGGUGCCUCCCGCCACGCAGGCGCAGGCCGCCACCAACAUGGUGGCGGCCAGCCUGCAGGAGGUGCCGGAUGCGGGGCAUCUCGUGCACUUCCAGCACCCGGCGCAGUAUGCUCAGCAGGUGGCGGCAUUCCUGGACAGCGCGCAGUCCCUCGACCCAGAGCAGCUGGCGCCCUACUUCCCCAUCUCUGGGGCUGCUGCUGUCCUGCAGCAAGGCGCGUGCUUGGCCGCGUGGAGCCUGCUGGCCGCCUGGGCAGCGGGCCAGGCGUGACAGAGGGCAGCCGCCCAGCUCCAGUGUCGCCACCUCACUUUAUUGCAAAUAAUUUAAUGAAAGUUCGGAGAUAACAGAUACACACUC